AUGUCCAACCCAGGGAGACCUGGCGCACGAGACUCACUUGAACUCGCCUCUCUCGCUUCAUCAUCGCCAGGUUCAGCGGGUUCUUCACGCUCCUCUUCUCCCGGCGGUAUCUCCUCGUCCCGCAAGCUCUCCCUCGAAGACGAAGACCCCCUCGCUGGGCCACAUGCCGACCACGAGCUCGAAUCGGGCAGAGGCCCACGAUCCUACUCGAUCUCCUCGGCCUUUGAUUUUGGACGCACACUCUUCCCACUCUCUCAGACGCAGGGAGGCUAUGCGCCUCUCGGUACCCCGUCCGCCGACAGACCAGCCGACGGAUCAUUGGAGCGGAACAAAACACUGACCUACCUGAAUGGGUUGUCGUUGAUUGUCGGGCUGAUCAUUGGAUCUGGAAUCUUCUCGUCGCCCAGCCAAGUCAAUGCCAAUGCAGGUUCGCCAGGCGCUUCCUUGAUUGUCUGGGCCGUGGCGGGUCUAUUAGCCUGGACGGGAGCGGCGAGCUAUGCGGAGCUGGGAGGAGCUAUUCCUCUGAAUGGUGGGUCGCAGAUCUAUCUGUCCAAGAUCUUUGGGGAGCUGCCAGGCUUUCUCUUCACCUGGUGUGCGGUAUUGGUUUUGAAACCUGGCUCGGCAGCCAUUAUCUCGAUUAUCUUUGGCGAAUACAUCGUGCGAGCAUUUGUCGGCGCUGAUGUCGGCGACGUCAGCCCCUGGAUCAACAAGGCCGUUGCAUUCGGAGGUCUUCUGACGGUGACCUUGCUCAAUUGCAUUUCUACCAAGUUCGCCACUCGGAUUGGCGAUCUGUUCAUGUUCUUCAAAUUUGUGGCCCUCCUCGGCGUGACCGUCAUUGGCAUCAUUGUUGCCGUGACGGGUCUUUCUUCUGGAGGCGAUGCCAAUGAAGAAUGGAAAACCCAUGGCUGGUUCGAGGGUACCAACACAGAGAUCUCUGAUUUUGCAGUGGCCUUGUAUGCUGGUCUCUGGGCUUUCGACGGCUGGGACAAUACCAACUACGUGACAGGCGAAUUCAAGAACCCAAACCGCGACCUGCCGCGGGUUAUUCACACGGCUAUGCCGCUGGUCAUUCUGUCUUAUUUACUUGCUAAUGUCUCUUACUUCCUGGUGCUGCCUCAUUCCACCAUAGAAGCCAGCAACACUGUUGCUGUGCAGUUCGGCGGGAAAGUCUUCGGCCCCGUUGGGGCUUUGAUUCUCGCUCUCGUCGUCGGAGCCAGUUGCUUUGGAGCGCUGAACGCAACAACUUUCACCAGUGGUCGUCUGGUGUACGCUGCUGGCAAGGAGGGUUACCUUCCUGCAAUCUUUGGCCGCAUUGGUCUCUCGGCCCAAGCAGGGCCACCAGCCGGCAGCCGACUCCGUCGACGGUCUUGGGCUCGUAAAUCUCUCUCUCGCGUCUUCGGCGAUGAAUCCAGACUUGGUUUCACGCCCAUUUAUGCCAUGGCUUUUAACGGUGCCUUGACAGUGAUCUACAUCGCUGUGGGAGAGUUUGGCACGUUGGUCACCUUCUACGGUGUCGCCGGAUACACCUUCUACUUCCUCACCGUGCUCGGUCUGAUCGUCCUGCGCAUCCGUGAGCCCCAGCUAGAACGGCCUUACCGCACAUGGAUCACCACCCCCAUUAUUUUCUGCUGCGUCAGCUUAUUCCUCCUUAGUCGGGCGGUCAUUUCGGAGCCUCUGCAGACGCUCAUCGUGGUGGCUUUCAUCAUCACCGGCGUUCCUGUGUACUACUGGCGCAUCCAUCAGCGGGAUGGCCGUAUUGACCUUCCCAACUGGAAAUUCUGGAAACGAUCUCGCUAA